AUGCAGUACGUGCGGAGCAUUAGCGGCUCCGUCUCCAAGACAUGGAACUCCAUCAAUCCGGCGACCCUCAGCGGCGCCAUUGAUGUGAUUGUCAUAGAGCAGGAGGAUGGGACCCUUGCUUGUUCGCCCUUCCAUGUCCGCUUCGGCAAGUUUUCGCUCCUACGUCCGUUUGAGAAAAAGGUGGAGUUCAAGGUCAAUGGAGUCAAACAAGAUUAUGCGAUGAAACUGGGGGAAGGUGGGGAGGCAUUUUUCGUGUUCGAAACCACCGACGAGAUCCCCGCGUCGCUACAGACGUCGCCGUUGGUCUCUCCAGCGAGCAGUCCGCCACCUCCCGGCGAUGAUAUCGCUGCAGCCCUCCCAGAACCUGAGUUCCUUGAUCUUGAUAAAGCGAGCGGGGAUGCGUUAUCAGAGGGCGCGAAGACCCCUCCAACACUUCCUAUAUCCCGCCCAGUGCGGGCAACCACAGAUAUAGGCACCAUCACUCCCUUGUCUCGGUCGCCGGAUGAGUCGCCCGGCAACUCGUUCAGCAAACCCCCGCUCGACCAUUCGCUUUCGGAGAAUUUACUCUUGACCAACGUUCCCAAGUCUACCGGAGACCUAUCCUCCGAUGGCCCAGAAUAUGAUGAUGGAGAAGAAUCUGAGCAAAGAGCCCGCUCUCGGAGCCCACCUGCAAUCUCUCCCGAAGAAGCAAUGUCUCGUGCCAAAUCUCUGUCCCAAAAACUCUCCGGGUCCAAUAUCCCAUCACACAUUACGGAGACUGGGGACCUUAUGUUAGAUAUGACGGGAUACAAAAGCAACGAGGAAGAUGCGCUCCGCGCUGAAGUUCUGGCCCGCAAGAUUCUUGCAGAAGAAUUGGAAGGGAGCUACGAUAUCGGUGCCCUAAUCGGAGCGGAUGAACACGGAAACUUAUGGAUAUAUAGCAGCGAGGAGGCCAAAGAAGAGGCUGACCAGAGAGCAACCAUCAACUCCAUGCGGCAUAACCCGGCUCUGAGUGAGGAUGCAAUCUCCGACCCUGGAUACCACAGUGAGGGAGACCGACCCACUUUGGAGCCAUCGCUGGGAGUUCGUCACCAUCGGACCAAGUCGGAUGUCCAGCCUGGAUUUCCUACACCUCCUGCUUCGCCGAUGGGUGAUGCGUUUGCAGUUGAGACUCGCAACUACGCGAAGACACUGCGGCUGACAAGUGAUCAGCUUAAGGCUUUGAAUUUGAAGCAUGGCGCCAACCUCAUGUCCUUCAGCGUUAAUAAGGCCACCUGCACAGCAAGCAUGUACUUAUGGAACGGUAAUAUCCCGAUUGUUAUUUCUGACAUCGAUGGAACCAUUACGAAAUCGGAUGCUUUGGGUCACGUUCUGAACAUGAUUGGACGAGACUGGACCCACGCAGGUGUCGCCAAACUGUACACUGACAUCGUUAACAAUGGUUAUAACAUCAUGUACCUUACCAGUCGAUCCGUUGGGCAGGCAGAUAUUACACGAGCGUACCUCUACGGCGUUAACCAGGACGGAUACCGGCUCCCCAGGGGACCCGUGAUCUGCAGCCCAGAUCGUACGAUGGCAGCAUUGAGACGCGAGAUCUAUUUGAGAAAGCCGGAAGUCUUCAAGAUGGCUUGUUUGCGCGAUAUUCUUAACUUGUUCUCUGGAAAAGAGAAUCCUUUCUGCGCUGGCUUCGGAAAUCGAUUGACGGAUGCUUUGAGUUAUCGGUCCGUCAACAUUCCGUCCACGCGGAUCUUUACAAUCAACUCGAACGCCGAAGUCUCUCUUGACCUGCUCAGCCUCAACAAGUACAAGAGCAGUUAUGUGACCAUGCAAGAAUUACUUGAUCACUUCUUCCCACCGACCAGCCUUUUGGUCCAGUCCGGAGGCGAAGAAUAUACAGACUUCACAUAUUGGCGAGAUGCGCCGCAAGAGCUCGAUGACUUCUCUUCGACCGAUAGCGAAGAUGAGGAUGACGAGGAGGAAGAGCCCGCCGAAGACGAGGUGCUUGAAGAAGAUGAAGACGCAGACGAGGAAGACUACGAGGACGAGCUUAGCGAUGGCGAAGGCAGUGAAUACCUUCAAGAAGGAGAAGAAGGCACCGACAUGGCCGCAAGCUACAUCUCACAGGCCUCCGAAGCCUUUUCCAAUCCAGCGGGAUCAAUCGUGGAAUCCGUCGAGGGCGACCAGGAUCUCGAGAACGUGGAAACAACCGGCGAGGAAGAUGCCACUCCCGGCGCGGAUCCCUUGGCUCAGGUAGCAGACUCAACGUCUCUCCCUAUUCGCCCCAAGUCACCCCGGGACUGA